UCACUAUUCAUCUUCUUGCUCUCUCCAGAAAAUCAGCAACAAGAUACAGCGACGGACAAUAUACAGCCUUGUUAGCUUCUCCUUCAAGGUCCUAUGUCUCAGAAACUGAAGUCUGCCUUGUCUCUCCAGGCGCCCCUCUGCCAUUAGUUCUUCUCUCAUGUCACCUUCUGUGAAUGUUAGAGAAGGAAAUGGUUACUUCUAUAUCUAUCACCUGUUGAGAUUUGAAGGUUGUGCUAUCAUUGGAAGGUCCGGAGAAGCCCAGGAAGCUAGGCUUUCACAUUCAAAUGUUGCCAUUUUGCUUCUCUUGCACCUUUCCAUGGAGGAAUUUCUGGUAGCUGUUUUCCAUACAAACCAAGCCAGGUGUUUCCUGCAUUUGGGCUACUUUAAUGCCUCUUUUUUUCUGUUAUGGAAAUCUUAUCUGGCAAUUUAUGGCAGUAUAUAAGAAAAAAAAAAAAAAAGGGAAAAAGAAGAUUAACCUUCUACCAUCUAUAGAGUACCCUUUUUUUUUUCUUUUUUUGAUUCUGUAUGAUGAUAGGGAGACUCAACUCUUAACCAUUGUGAUGUUCCCUAUGGGACGUGCUAAGUAAUCUCUGCAAGUUUGGCUUUGCUACUUCUACAAGACAAGUUGCAACUGGAAAGGAUGAAGCAUCCUCAGAUUUUGUUCAGCAGCAGUUGGUUUGCUCCCUCCCAUUCUGCCAAUUAUAUCUAGAACAGAUUCCUCUUCAACUAAUUGAUCCUUGAACAAUAAUUUAAUUUUCUAUUU